UGCACGCCCGCGCGGCGGAAGCGGGCCGGGCCGGCGGAGACAUGACGUGUCAGACAAGGGCACUUUGUGCGCGCUCCUCUGCCGGCGGGACGCUCGCGCAGCCCCUGCCCCUGCGCCACUGAGCAGAGGGGAGAGCCCGGCCGCCAGCAGAGAGAGAGAGAGCCCUCCUCUCUCAAAGCCAGGAGGAGGAGGAGGAGAAGAAGGAAGAAAGCCGAGAGCCAAACAAAACAGCUAGAGUUUGAAAGAAACCUCCCCCCCACACGUCCUGGCUAAGGGGAAAGGGAAAGUGAGGACUGAGUAGGCUCCCAAGGAUGAUAACAUAGUGGAGAGGAGGGUGGGCCAGCUCCUCACUUUCCUCUCUUUUUCUAUCCCUUGGGAAGUGUCUGCCUGCUGGAAGAGGUCAGGCCUCCACCCUGUUGCUUGAGAAGCAGGAGAGGAGAUGGUGGAGGCGGCAGAAAGCAGAGGGGAUGUGCCCCCCGUGCAAGAAGAGGCGAAGGAGCGGAAGAAGAAGAAGAAGAGGAAGAAGAAGGAGAGCAAGACGCGCACGGUACGGUCCAACCUGCUGCUACCUGGGCUGGAGGUUGAGAAGCCCAAGGGGGGCCCCCUGGCCAACAAUCGCCUUAAGACAACCAAAUAUACCGCUCUGUCCUUCCUGCCCAAGAACCUCUUUGAGCAGUUCCACCGGCUGGCCAACGUCUACUUCGUUUUCAUUGCGCUACUCAACUUCGUGCCGACUGUGAAUGCUUUCCAGCCCGAGCUAGCCUUGGCCCCGGUGCUCUUCAUCUUGGCUGUCACUGCCAUCAAGGACCUGUGGGAGGAUUACAGUCGUUAUCGCUCGGACAAAGAAAUUAACCAUAUGGAGUGUCUGGUCUACUGCAGGAAUGAAAAGAAAUACAUAAGCAGAUACUGGAAAGAAGUUGAAGUUGGAGAUUUUGUUCAGCUUCGUUGUAAUGAAAUCAUACCGGCUGACAUAUUGCUGCUCUCUUCAAGUGACCCUGAUGGUCUGUGUCAUAUAGAAACAGCUAACCUGGAUGGGGAGACUAACUUAAAACAAAGACAGGUAUUGCGGAGAUUCUUAGAGCUGGACUCUGAGUUUGACCCACUGAAGUUCACCAGUGUCAUUGAAUGUGAGAAGCCAAACAAUGACUUAACUAGGUUUCGAGGUUACAUGGGAAAAAACUUGUUUUGGAUUCCAGUAAAUAUGGUAAUCGCUAGGGAAACCUCCAAGCAAAAGCCAGUGGAAAAUAUUCAUACAAAUGGAAACAGGGACGGGUUAUAUAAAGAAAACCUUUUGUUGCGUGGAUGUACUAUUCGGAAUACAGAAGAGGUUACUGGGAUUGUGAUUUAUGCAGGGCAUGAGACCAAAGCUUUGUUAAAUAACAAUGGACCACGUUACAAACGCAGUAAGCUUGAAAGACAGAUGAAUAUUGAUGUCCUUUGGUGUGUUCUCAUACUUAUAGUUAUGUGCCUUUUUUCUGCCAUUGGUCAUGGCCUUUGGGUCUGGCAGUUCAGUGAGAAGAAGAAACCAGUGUUUGAUGUUCCGGGACCUGAUGGCAACUAUUUGUCCCCAGUUCUAGCUGCAGUCUAUUUAUUUUUGACAAUGAUAAUAGUUUUUCAGGUUCUGAUUCCAAUUUCUUUGUAUGUAUCCAUUGAAAUAGUUAAAAUAUGCCAGGUAUACUUCAUCCAUCAAGACAAGGAUUUGUAUGAUGAAGAAACAGAUUCUCAGCUACAGUGCCGAGCUUUAAACAUCACAGAAGACUUAGGUCAGAUACAGUAUAUAUUCUCAGACAAGACUGGUACUCUUACCGAAAAUAAGAUGGUUUUCCGGAGAUGCACAGUUUCUGGCAUAGAAUAUUCUCAUGAUGCUAAUGCCAAACGCUUAGCAAUGUAUCAAGAACCUGAUUCAGAGGAGGAGGAAACAGCACCUAAAGGAGUAACAUUAUCCCAGCGGGACAGUAUCUGCAGUCAUCAGAGUGUUAAGGCUGUCCAUAGAAGCCAAAGUACAAAAUCCCACCGACGCACUGGAAGCAGGGCUGAAGCAAAAAGAGCAAGCAUCCUCUCCAAACACACUGCAUUCAGCAGUCCAAUGGAAAAAGACAUCACUCCUGAUCCUAACUUGCUAGAAAAAGUGAAUGAAUGUGCAAGAUAUCUAGAGGUCAUGAGAAGCCAUGAACAGCCAUUAUCCCAGCUCAGCCCUGAACUUUCAGACAUCUUUGACUUCUUUAUAGCUUUGACUAUCUGUAAUACCGUUGUUGUCACUUCUCCAAACCAGCCCCGACAAAAGGUCAGAGUUAGAUUUGAAUUGAAGUCUCCAGUAAAGACUAUAGAAGACUUCAUUCGGAGAUUCACUCCCAGCCGCCUGACAGCUGGAUCUAACAGCAGUAGUUCAUCGAGCUUGGCUACCAGUAAAUCAAUGCACAGAUUUGGUUCUAGUCUUCUUUCAUCUACAUCUACUGAAAGCACUUUAUUAAAACUGGAAGAGAAGCUGGCAUACUCUGUGCAGAUGAAUAACAAUGGAUAUAGUGCACAGCAGGAGAAAGGGGCUAUAGAGAGCGGGCCUGAGGAAGGAGAACUCCGUUAUGAGGCAGAGAGUCCAGAUGAAGCAGCACUCGUCUACGCAGCUAGGGCAUAUAAUUGUACUCUGGUUGGAAGGCUGUCUGACCAGGUAUCAAUAGAGCUACCUCACCUGGGAACGUUAACCUUUGAAGUCUUACACACACUGGGCUUUGAUUCCAUCAGAAAGAGAAUGUCAGUGGUGGUUAGACACCCCAUUACAGAUGAAAUAAAUGUUUACACCAAAGGAGCGGAUUCGGUUAUUAUGGAUCUUCUUCUGCCUUGUUCAUCAGAUGAUCCUAGAGGCAAACACCAAAAAAAAAUUGAAAGCAAAACUCAGAAUUACCUUAAUCUGUAUGCUGUAGAUGGGCUAAGGACCUUGUGUAUUGCCAAGAGAGUUCUCAGCAAAGAUGAAUAUGCUUGUUGGUUAAAAAAUCAUUUGGAAGCAGAAUCUUGUAUUGAAAACCGUGAAGAGCUACUGUUUCAAUCAGCCCUUCAUAUAGAAAAGAAUCUGCAUCUGCUAGGUGCAACUGGCGUUGAAGACCGUUUACAGGAGGGCGUCCCAGAAACCAUCGCGAACUUACGCAAAGCUGGGCUGCAGAUUUGGGUCCUCACUGGAGACAAGCAAGAAACAGCUAUUAAUAUUGCUUAUGCUUGCAAGCUAUUAGAUCAUGAUGAAGAAAUCAUCACUUUGAAUGCUGAAUCACCAGAAACAUGUGCUAUUUUGCUGGAACAGUGUUUGCAUUGUGUAGAGUCAAAGUUUUCAAGCAAUACAAUAGACAACACUUCUGGAGAUAUGAAAAUUGGGUUUGCUUCUUUCUGUCCACCAUCAUCUUCAGCACAUUCCAAACUGGGACUAGUGAUUGAUGGGAAGACUCUAGCUUAUGCCCUGGACAAAACACUGGAAAACAGAUUUCUUUUGCUUGCCAAAAGAUGUCGCUCAGUGCUGUGUUGUCGCUCUACCCCACUUCAAAAGAGCAUGGUAGUGAAAUUGGUUAGAGACAAACUCAAAGCAAUGACAUUGGCAAUAGGUGAUGGAGCUAAUGAUGUUAGUAUGAUCCAAGUGGCUGAUGUUGGUGUGGGGAUCUCUGGUCCAGAGGGCAUGCAGGCUGUGAUGGCGAGUGACUUUGCAGUCCCCAGGUUCCGGCAUUUGGAGAAGCUCUUGCUUGUUCAUGGACAUUGGUGUUAUUCUCGCCUUGCUAACAUGGUGCUGUACUUCUUCUACAAAAAUGCAAUGUUUGUGGCCCUUCUCUUCUGGUACCAGUUCUAUUGUGGGUUCUCUGGAUCUUCAAUGAUUGAUCAGUGGUAUCUGAUCUUCUUUAAUUUAUUAUUCUCUUCCCUCCCACAACUGAUAACUGGUGUGCUGGAUAAAGAUGUCCCAGCUGAAGCACUAAUUUCUAUACCUCAGCUCUACAAGAGUGGUCAAAAUAUGGAGGAUUAUCAACCACACAUGUUUUGGAUGAACAUGAUUGAUGCCCUCUAUCAAAGCCUAGUUUGCUUUUUCAUCCCUUAUUUUACUUUCUAUGACUCAGAUAUGGAUAUUUUUUCCUUGGGAACUCCCAUAACCACAAUAGCUCUUUUCACCAUCAUAUUGCAUUUGGCUGUUGAAACCAAAACUUGGACCUUUUUCCACUGGUCCUCUUGCAUCUUCAGCAUUCUUUUAUUUUUCUUUGUGGCUCUGGUUUACAAUGCAUCCUGCCCAACAUGUUAUCCUCCAUCCAAUCCCUACUGGACUAUGGAAAAAUUGAUGGGCGAUCCUAUGUUUUACUUGACAUGUAUCAUAUCACCAGUUAUUGCAUUACUGCCCAGAUUUCUUUAUAGAACUCUUCAAGGGACACUCUUCCCAACCCAACGCCAACUUGGAUGUCAGCUGCAUAGGUGGCCUCUAGGGACGUGCAACCACAUUCUGAGCAAAUUGAAGAUCAAAAAGAAAUCCACCCCCCAGAAACACCCUUUUGCAGAACCAUCCAUGCAGAAUCCUACAUCAAAUGUUAAUCCCUGCUAUAAGGUCUCUAAUGAAAACAUCCCCUCACAAGUAUCUGAGCAUGGAAGUGAGUCAGCUCUUCCUGCAAGUACAAGGGCAGAACACACAAGAGUACUGGGUGCUGCUGCCUCUCCCCAAGGUCCUCUGUUAUUUGGGGAAAUUAAACAGUCCUCAUUGGCAAGUAAUCAAGAAAGAUCCUUUGGAUUUCAUGAAGUUACGUGCAGCACUUCAGAGAUGGAGUCAGCAUCUGUAGAAGAAAUGUUCCCAUGGAACUCAACAGUAGACCAAUCAGACUUCAGCUUGUUGAAGUGGAUCACAUCCACUCCACUCUUUAGUCGGUUUGGAAGAGUUUUACAACUGUCAUCAAAUAGUUUACAAAAUGAAACACAGAACAACAUAUCUGUGCUUGGCUCUGGGUCAUCUUUGCAUCUGGGUUUCAAAGGUAUAACAGAGCAGAAUUCGAACAACUUCCAAGAGAAAAUUAAAGGGACGCCAGCUGAUUGUUGUAUAAGUGACACUCUUGAAACCACCUUCUUAUGACAUGAACUUAUAUAAAUAUAUAUAUAUAAAUAUUUGCACAGAUUUAUAGUGAAAUUUCUCUAAUUGUUUCCAAAGAUGAACCAUUAAAAUCAAAGGUACAAAAAGUUUAUUUUAAAAAAAUGUUUCUAUACAAUAUAUCAAAAUAAGAGCUUUAAAUAUAAGAAACAGAAACACUUGAAAUUUCCAUUUAUAUUUGUUUAUUUUUUCAUCUAAUUUUGUAAGAAAAUGCAGUAUGUCUUAUUUUCCAUUGCUUCUCUUGGAUUUCAGCAACAAUUCUUGACAUGAUUAUAGCUGGCUCAGCAAUCAGGGAGAGAAAAACAUUAUGGUAAACACUAUAUCGAGGCAGUUUAUAUCAUCUUGCAUCUAAUUUUUUUUUUUAAAUCUCAUAAUCAGGUUGUGAGAACAAACUCCAAGGCAAGGCUUUGAAAAUAAAUACUGUUAACAUUUACAGAGAGGUGUAUUUCACUACCAUAUAAAUAACAGCAUUGUUACAUCACCAUAUUUUGAUAUCUCA